CUACCAGACGAUCUUUGUCCCGGCUUCUCUCGGAUCAGAGUGAAUCCUCUUCCUCGGCAGGAUGGCAGGUAGCGCAUGGAGGUCAAUGCUGACCCAGGUGGUGGGGGCGGUGAAGAGACCCGCUCUCUCUUCAGCUUCCUUUUCCAGAGGGAUGCAGACAGUCACACUGAUUCCUGGCGAUGGGAUCGGACCUGAGAUUUCCACUGCUGUCAUGAAAAUCUUUGAAGCAGCAAAAGCUCCAAUCAGAUGGGAGGAGAGGAAUGUGACAGCGAUAAAGGGACCUGGGGGAAAGUGGAUGAUCCCUCCUGACGCUAAAGACUCCAUGGACAAGAGCAAGAUUGGGCUGAAAGGACCACUGAAGACACCCAUUGCUGCAGGUCACCCCUCCAUGAACCUGCUGCUGAGGAAGACCUUUGACCUUUACGCCAAUGUGCGACCCUGUGUUUCCAUCGAGGGCUACAAAACUCCGUAUACAGACGUCGACCUGGUCACCAUCAGAGAGAACACAGAGGGCGAGUACAGUGGGAUUGAACAUGUGAUUGUUGAUGGCGUCGUACAGAGCAUCAAACUGAUCACAGAAAACGCCAGCAGACGCAUUGCUGAGUACGCUUUUGAGUACGCCAGAAACAACCAAAGAAGCAGUGUGGUGGCCGUUCACAAAGCCAACAUCAUGCGGAUGUCGGAUGGUCUUUUUCUGAGAAAAUGUCGCGAGGUGGCUGAGAACUACAAAGACAUCAAGUUUACUGAGAUGUACCUUGACACGGUGUGCCUCAAUAUGGUUCAGGAUCCCACCCAGUUUGACGUACUGGUCAUGCCCAACCUCUAUGGAGAUAUUCUCAGUGAUCUGUGUGCUGGUCUGAUCGGAGGCCUCGGUGUCACUCCCAGUGGAAACAUCGGAGCAAACGGAGUCGCCAUCUUUGAAUCGGUCCAUGGCACAGCCCCCGAUAUCGCCGGCUUGGACAUGGCAAACCCCACUGCUCUCCUGCUCAGCGCUGUCAUGAUGCUGCGUCACAUGGGCCUCCAUGACUGUGGCAACAAGAUCCAGACAGCGUGUUUCGACACUAUCAGAGACAAGAAGGUGCUGACGAAGGACCUGGGCGGGAACUCAAAGUGUUCAGAGUUUACAGCUGAAAUCUGCCGCCGUAUCCAGGACCUGGAUUGAAUCUGCAGUUCUGGAGCUGCUGUGGGAGUCUCCGCCCACCCAAAGAUCCUCGCCGUCUCACCCCCUCCACCUCCCCACGGAUGACUGGUUUUACCUUUGUGGAGCUGCAGGGACACUAUCAGCAGGGAGGCUCAAAACUGCAACUUCUGUUUUUCUUAAUGUAUUUACAUGAUGAGAAAUCUGUUCUUUCUGUAGUGACAUGAUGGAUGUGGAGGGGGCGGGGCUUCUGCAGUAGCUACCUGGUUAUUUACUAUGAUGAAACAUUCACAGCAAGCAUACGCACAAAUGUCUCAUGACCAAGUUUGAAUGAAAUCAUUAUGAGAGUUUGUCUUACUCAAAGUAUCAUCUUCUAGAAAUAUAUCAGCACUCCGCUUUGGAUAUUUGCUAUUUUUUAACAGUGAUGCAGUGUAGCCGUACCUGAAAUGUCCUCUUAUUUAUUGUUUUCUGUUACUGUCUAAUGCUGCUCUCUUCAGUUUCAGAGGUACACAAAUAUAUAAACGUCUAUAUAAAGAAGAGAACAUGCUGCUCCUGUCUCUCUCUGCUGUCUUAUAACAUGAACAUCACACAUACAAACAUGCAGCUUCCUACUGAGAGCUUUUAUGCUUUAAGAACUCAUUAAAAAGGGCUCUUUGAAGAGAGUUUCAGGUUCUCUAUCUGAUGAAUGUUGCUUCAUUAGGUAUGUCAAUAAAUCCCACAUGGAUGAAACUUCA